CCUCCGAUAUACAUGUCACAUUCAAAAUCGCGCUUUGGAAAUCGACCCCGCAUGUAGGGGUCGCUCGAGGCCGAGUCGGACAGCAACAGUCUUGUGUCCAAAGGAGGUAGAGGAAGUGCUUCCAAUAACCAUAGUAACGCAAUCGACAGAACGACAACUGCGGCACGCUACUGCCACGGCCUGCGUCGAUCGAUUGCUCACAUACAAACAGCUUUGACAGAGCACGCCGGUUAACCAUAUUCCUUCAUGUCUCCAUUACUUGAAAUGUCUGGUGCGUGAGUUAAGAGCUCAAGUCGACCCGCCAAGGUCGCUUGCAGUGGAGCGACCAGCAUGAGGACAACCUACCAACACACGCGGCGGCAGCCACACCCCUCGCAGCACCGUUCGAUUGUUUGGACGCUUCUGGCAUAUCUACCGCAGGCGCUCAUCGUUUCAGCGCUCUGCUUCAUCGCGGUGUAUGCGGGCUGGGCGCUGCAAACCAUCAGCGUGCACGGCGGGGAUAGUGGUGCGGUAGUGAAGACAUCAGGAUCAGCGGUGGGGGCGGCCUCGCCCGCGGUCCGCAUCCUGCGGACAGCAGACCCGUCGCCGUCGCCACGCGCGACACGGAAGGUUAGCAAGCCGCCGGCACCAGGGCCGCCCAUCCUCAACAGCCCACCACCGCCCUCGCUGCCGCCGCCCUCGCCACCUCCGCCCAAGGAGUCCCCACCUCCGCCCUCGCCACCCCCGCCCUCACCUCCUCCUCCCUCGCCCGCACCACCCUCGCCUCCUCCACCCUCGCCACCGCCUCCCUCACCGCAGCCGCCUGCCUCCCCGGCCAAGCAGGUAGAGGACAAACCGGCGGUUAUGUCCACGGAAGCAAAGAAGCAGACCGGCACGGUCGCGGGCUCGGACAAGGGUCCAGAGGACGAGCCGUAUGAUGACAAGGUGCCGAAGGACGCGGAUGCGGAGUAUGACAAUGAUGCUGACAAGCCCAAGCAGGAAAGCAGCAGUAGCAGUAGCAGUAGCAAGAAGAAGGAGGACGGCAAGCUGGAGGCCGCUGCUGCGGGCGGCAGUGGCGCCGUGGCUCGCGAGCUGCUGCCGACCUCGGUGUCGGGCCGCACCGGCCGCAGCAGCGGCGCGCAGCUGACUCGGCCGUCCCCAGGCGGCACCCUGUUCAGCUGGGGGCUCAAGGAGUGGCGCCUGGGGCGGAACAAGGGCGACAACGCCAUCCCGGAGCCGGCCCUGAAGGACCUGACGGUCAUCAGUGUGGCCGCCUCGCGCCACUCCGCCAUCGUGUCGGGCGAAGGCGUGGUGUGGACCAUGGGGCACAACGACUCCAGGGGCGGCGGCGGCCACGGCAGCCCGCCGCUGGACGCCUCGGGGCAGCUGGGCCGCGGCGGCAACACGCAGCCGGGGCCGGUGGGCGGUCCGCUGCAGGGCAAAUUCGCGGUGCAGGCCAUCGUGGGUCGCUACCACACCAUGGCGGUGACUGAGGACGGCGAGCUGUGGAGCUGGGGCCUCAACGACUGGGGGCAGCUGGGCCGGGCGGCGCAGGGCGCGGCCAGCGAGGACGACCCCAGCCCCUGCAACUCGGGACCCAGCUGCCACUCCGGCAUCCCAAACAAGGUGGAGUUUCCGGCUGGCGUAAAGAUCCGUGGCGCCGCCGCCGGCCGCUACGUGUCCAUGGCGGUGGACGACGACGGGGUGUUGUACACGUGGGGCCACGACGGCUGCAGCAACGGCGGCAAGCUGCCGGCGCAGGCGGAGGCGUGGCGACCGCGCAAGGUGGAGGGCGAGCUGGCGGGCAAGCGAGUGGUGGCGUUUGACGCCGGCUAUGUCUUCUGGCUGGCUGCCACCGAGGACGGAGCCGUGUACACCUGCAACUCGCAGGACGACGGCUACGCGGGCACGCUGUCCAACAAGCACCAGCCCAACAACGCGGGCGAGCUGGGCCGCGAGGGCGACCCGCUGGUGCCUGGCCGCGUGGGGGGCGUGCUGGCCGGACACAAGGUGGAGGCGGUGGCUGCGGGCCGCGAGCACGCGGUGGUGUCCACCAGCGAGGGCAAGGUGUUCACGUGGGGCGGCCGAGACCUGCUGCUGGGGCGCAGCGGCAGCCCCAAGGAGCCGGGGCAGGCGCUGGGUGACCUAGUGGACGACAACGUGCGCUACGUGAUGGCGGGCGAGUACCACAGCGGCGCCGCCAGCCACACCCACAUCUACGGCUGGGGCAGCAACGACUACCUGUGCACCGGCGUGGGCCGGCACAACCCCGUGCAGCGCAUGAAGAAGGGCCGCGACCGCGGUGACGUGUUCCGCCCGGCCCGCGCUGUGGGCCCCGUGGCUGACGGCGGCUGGCAGGUGCAGGCGCUGGUGGGCGGCUUCCAGCACGCGCUGGCCAUCGCAGCCAACAAGGGAGGCAGCUGGGAGACCAAGCCCAGCUCCUGGCUGGACAGCACCAACCCAAACUCCACCAGCCACGGGGCCGCAUCCAGUCGCCUACAGCAUGCGCGUUCAGAAAAGGCCGUGGCCAUAGCAACAGCUGCAGAAGUCUCAACCCUCCGCUCUCGGGGCCCCAGCUCUCGCUCUAGCGGACCUGUGGCCAGUGCCAAGGCUCGCGUUGCCAGCAAGCGCCUGGUUGUGCCCCACGGGCGUGUUGGCGCUGCACACGGCGCCGUCAGGCCUGCCGCCAGGACCACCAGCAGCGUUGCUGCUGCGCCGCAGCCGUCUGCCCUGAAGCCGCAGGAGCAAAAGAAGAGGGGGGGCCUAGGCGAGACCGAUGCGGGCGCUGCCGUCAAGGCGGCCUCGCCCUCCCCCUCCCCUUCGCCCAAGGAGCUGUCCGCCGCGGACGUUGCAGCCGCCGCCGAGGAGCAAGCCGCCGCAGGCGCCGACGCCACUCAAGUCAAGGCGGCCGACACCACCACCACCGCCACGUCAGCAACGGCGGCCGAGGCCGAGGCGAAACCCGCUGCGGAGGAUGCCGCGGCGACAGCGCUCCAGACGGCUGCUGGCGCCUACAGCACCACCGCCGACGGCGCCGCUGCCGGCGCCACCCACACGGACACGUCCGCGCCCGACUACCACACGCGCUACCUGGCGCCGCAGCUGCAUCCCAUCCGCUACAACGUGUCGGACUACGUGCACCGCUACCGCCGCAGCGACCGCUUCCGCAAGAUCGAGGCCGAGUCCCCUGACGUCUGGGAGGUCCUGCCGCGCAACUAUGACCGCCGCUACAAGAACCCCUGCUGGGUGACCAAGGACAGCAAGUUCCGCUGCGCGCCCUACUUCCACAUCCUGGGCGUGUCCAAGUGCGGCACCACCGACCUCUACCACCGCCUCAGUCAGCACCCGCAGCUGUUCGAGAGCCGGAACAAGGGCCCGCACUGGUGGGACGAGUGCCCCUACCCGCCCAAGGGCGCCUGCACCGCCCCGCCCAACGGCGACUUCGACGGCUACGUAGAGUUGUUCGCGGACGCCGCAGCCAAGAUACGCAGCAAGGACCCAGACGGCAUCACCGGAGAGGCUUCGUCCAACACCUUCACCGCCGCAGCGGGCGUCUACCUGCGCGGCCCCUCCUGGGACCGCAACACCACCGUGACCAUGCCCGAGCUGAUGCGCGAGGCGGCGCCCUUCCUGCGCAACAUCAUCAUCUUCCGCAACCCCGUGGACCGAUACUACUCUGCAUUCUACUACUACAGAUGGUGGGUCAAGGACACGCCGCCGCCGACCCCUGAUGACUUCCACAAGCAGGCAACAGAGGAGGUGGCCACGUGGCGGGCGUGUGUUGAGGCGCACGGCCAGAAGCACUGCGUGCGCCACUACCACCCGCAGCAGCUGGUCAAGGGCAUGUACAGCGAAUUCAUCAUGGACUGGCUGAACCACUGGCCGCGCGACCAGCUGCUGUUCCUGCGCAAUGAGGACUACAGCGCAGCCACACGCGAGCACAUGCAGACGGUCAUUGACUUCCUGGCUAUGCGGCAGCCCGCGGACAAGGAGUGGGAUGUGAUCAUGGCCAUGAAGACGCGCAACAAGAAUAGCGACAAGUACAAACCCAUGCUUCCCGAGACGCGUGCCAUGCUUGAGGCCUUCUACCGGCCCUACAACGAGCGAUUGGCGCACGUGCUGAACGACGACCGGUGGCUGUGGCGGGAUCCGCCCAAGUCGCCCAAGCCGGCGGGCGUGCAGUCGGAUGCCGCGGGGACAGCCACGGCCCGGAGGCUACUGCUGCAGCCAUCGGUCUGAUUUGAAGGGGCCGCACAAUACGGGUCCCACGAGGAGGGACGGUAGGAUACAGGUGGAUAUGUGUGAACACGUUGAGGAGUACCGGUGCACCGGUCGCUGUGCGCGGGGGAAGGGCGUGCGUGCAAUGCUGAGCAGUGAGCGCGAGUGAGCAGAGAGCACAUACGUGGCGAGCGAGCAAUGGCUCGCGACACGGGCAGAGCUUCAUCCUGGUAAGAGAGUAAUAGGUGCCGUCCUGGCCAGGGACAAGAGGAAAGUGGGCCAUGUUUGGCCCAAAAGGCCCUCUCGUUUCAGUACGUCCCGUACCCUUUGUUGUGAAGACUGACUGUUGCACUUGUCAUGCACUGCUGAGCCGGGAUACGCCCUGGCAGCCCCGGUCAGCUUCGGCAUGCACAGAGGGGCGUGUGGAGGUCUGAGGGCGACGCAGGGUGCAUACGAGGGGCUUGGUAAGCCCGGUUUGGACAAGGGGAGGCGAGGGGAGGGCACGGAGUCACGGCGCACACCUUUGCCGAGGUGCGUGUGUUAAAUUAACAAUGCAGUGCGCACAUGGAUCCAGGAUACUAAUGGGCUGACUUACGCUUGGGCGCACGGUAGGAGUUGUUCCUGCAAAUUUCAAGUGACACCCCCUCGCGCGCGACUUUCCUGGCGUCAAUUUGCGCCAGACCGAGGCUACAAAUCGCCACUUUCCUGGCGUUAAUUCCUACAACUCC